UCAAAGCUCGCGCAAGCGUAGCGCACGCUAAAUCGUACAAGUUGCAUCGCUUGGUGAAAAAGGCAUAGCGAGUCGCGAUCACACGGCCGGCAUUUUCCUUCUUAUACGCCACUUUGGAUACGGUUUCGAUUUGCAAAAGAAAAUCUCCAAAAGCCGGCUCUGUAGAUGUAUUUCGAAAACGAAUUUAACGAAAAAAGCAAGGAAAAAAUGCCAGAAAAAAUGCCCGAAAAAGUACGUGUUGCAAAAAGUGUAAAAUAAAGGGAGGGCAGAGAACGAACGAAGCGCAGGAGGAGGAGAAGGAGGAGGAGGAGGAGCAACAGCAGCGACUUGAAAGGAUUCGCAGCUGGAACUGCAUCCAUCCAGAUACGUAUCCCAGAUUCACAUACACAUAUAUACAUAUAUGAGGCAGCCAGCGGACCACAAAAGAUACAUGCCAUGUUCCCACUAAGCAACCGCUCUUCGAGUGGCAACCGCACCAACAAUAACAACAAUCUGUGUAGCAACCAGACCACGAGCUUUAUAAUCGGAGCUACCAGCAACAUUAACCACAACAACAAUAAGAACAGCAACAACAACCAGAUCGGAGGCACCACCAACACUGGCAAGGAUAAAGGAAAUUUUGAAAAUAAUUGGAGCUGCAAUAAAACAACCGGUCGUCGAUCUGGCAGCGGUAAUAGCUGCAGUUUUUUAGAUCUCCAGUCCAUUCGUCGUCUCCUGGAGCACGAUGCCAGCGGAUCCGUGUGUCCCUCCUGUCGCAUUUCCUUCGACAAGGGCAAGAGACGGAAACUGAUCGACACCUGCGGCCACGAGCGUUGUUAUUCCUGUAUGUUCCGCAACGAUCAGUGUCCCAUGUGCAUAAACAGUUCCCUGAAAGAUGUUGAUGGCGCCAACGCUCAGGGCUAUGACACCGGGAUCGGUGGAUCCACCUCGACAAUUGUGAGUCCGCUGGGAUCACCGCAGCCGCAGCUCAGGUCGCAUGCGCAGCGGAACGCGGCUCUGGCGCGCUACAUGCAGCAGCAUCGGCAGGAAUCAGAGUCGCCGGAUUACCACCACCGCUAUGCAAGCAAUGGAAAAUUGCCCCGGGCCGUGGCCUCUGCGAAUGGCAUUGGCACCACACAAACCGUCACCGUCGAUGUGCACCACCAGCACCACAACGGAGGAGGAGCAGGAGGAGGAUUAGGAGGAGGAACCGCUGCCUCAGCCGCCGCCAAGCAGUUCAUGGCCAACAAUGCCAUCGGACACAUUGGCCACAGUCGCAGCAGCAGCCUGAGCCACAACAUCCAUGGUGUCUACAGUGAACUGAGUGCGGCACCACCGGCCUUUGCCACACCACCGACGCGCAGGCGUUUCUUCAACCACAAGAAUCUGCGCAGCGCCCUCAUCGGUGGAGGAGGAGGAGGCAGCGGUGGGAGCACAGCUGGCGGAGUAGGCGGCGGCCAUCGACGCACUGCCUCCAAUGGGGGCUGUCCCACUGACACGGCCUCGAUCCUCUCGGGAGAUCAUCCUCAUCAGCACAAUCACGAACACGAUCAUCAGGCUACAGGCAAGGAGACCAAUGCACUGAAUACGUCGACCUGCUCGGAUUCGGCGGUGACCAGGAGGCGACGCAAGAAUGUGAGCAACCACAACCUGAAGACCUCCGCCCGGGAUGGAGCGGGAAGCGAGAACCGCCUGAAUAGGCUCAGCCUGGCAGGCACCUCCGUCUAUGCUGGACAUCUUUCCUCAUUGGUCUUUGGCAAGAUCAAGUCCUUGUGGAGUGUCAAUUCGUCCAACUCCAGUGAGACGGGACUGAACCAACUAGCAGGUAGUGACGCCCUCGAUCAUCACUCAUCCCUGUUGCUGAACGAGAAACUGCAAAAGGAUCAGCUCCAUGCCCGACUAGGUCUGCUGUUGAACGAUCCCGGUAGCAAUGGGAACAGCAGCAGCAGUGGCAGCGGAUGCGAUCCCAUCUCCGCCCACUCCACCACCAGCACCACCAGCAGCAGUGGAGUGGGAGCGGCCAGCACCACCACCAGUGGCAGCUCAUCGCAAAACGUCAGUCCAGAGCAGACACUGGCCAGCGGUGGCGGAUUGCUCAGCGGCAGCCAACUCUCGGUGGCCACCAGUCAUGGCAUCAAGGAGGAUGCCCUGAGCCUGUGUGGCAAGUUUAAAACCGGCGGCUCCAUGCUCCAUGUGUACGAGGCGCUGCCGGGCAAGAGUCGAAAGGGAAACGCCAGGAGAUCAACCCGUGGACAGCAGGGAUCCAGCUCCAACUCAUCGGCGGCUGCGUCAGGUGCCUCGAGAGUAGCAGCCUCCACGCUAGCAGCUGUACAACUGGCUCUCAAGCCCCUCUUCUUCGAGGUACCCCUCCAGGAGCCCGAUCCUCCAUAUGUGGGUCGCCAGUGGCUGGUGAAGCAGCUGUCCAACAUCCUCCUCGGAACCGAGACGCGUGUGGUGCUGAUCAAUGGACAACCCGGCACCGGAAAGACCGCCUUUUGCCUGCAGCUGGUGGAGUACUCCUGUUUCGGACGACGACAGAUGCAGGAGGAUCCGGAUGGGAUCUACAGCCAGCUGCAGUUGGGCGCCCACUGUGAACGGAUGCGUGGCCUGGCCUCCCACAUGGUCGGCUACCAUUUCUGUCAGGCGGAUGCCAAUCUGACCUGCCAGGUGCCGGAUUUUGUCCACUCACUGGCCGCCCAGCUCUGCCAGGCCCCGCAGCUGACCGCCUACAGGGACUACCUCCUGUCGGAGCCACAUCUGCAGGACAUCCUCAGUGUGCGCGAAUGCAUUGCGGAUGCAGAGCGAGUAAUGAAGCUGGCUAUACUGGAACCGCUGGCCCAGCUGCAUCGAGCCGGCAAGAUACCUGCCAAAGUGGCCGUCAUCCUGGUGGAUGCCCUGUGCGAGGCGGAAUAUCACCGUCCCGAUCAUGGGCACACCAUCGCAAGCUUCCUGGCCCAGCUUACACCACACUUUCCCGCCUGGCUGAAGCUGGUGGCCACCGUGCGGACCCAGAUGCUGGAGCUGGUCAAGGCGCCCAGCUACACGCAGGUCACACUGGACAGCUGGGCCAGCAGCCAGGCCCUGCAGCAGGACAUGCUGGACUAUAUUGGAGCCCGCCUGGCGGAUAGUCCCGAAAUCAGGAUGAAUAUUGGCGGCGGCGGUCAAAACUCACAGGCGGGCAGCCAGCCACAGGCGAAAUUCGUGUCCCAUCUGCAGUCGCUGAGCAGGGGCUCCAUGCUGUACACCAAGCUCAUCUUGGAUCUCAUUGGUCGUGGCCAGCUGGUGAUCAAAUCCUCAAGCUACAAGGUUCUACCCGUGUCGCUGGCUCAGAUCUUCCUGCUGCACUUCAAUCUGCGCUUCCCGACAGCGCGCAGCUUCGAGCAGGCUGCUCCGAUCCUGAAUGUCUGCCUGGCAGCCCUGUAUCCGCUGACGCUGGACGAGAUCUACUACAGCAUGGAGGCACUGGGCCAUGGCCGGGAGGCACUGAGUUGGCCGGACUUUAUGCAGCGUUUCAAGCUGCUGGACGGAUUCCUGAUCAAAAGGUUGGACAACACUUACAUGUUCUUCCACAGCUCGCUGAGGGAGUGGCUGAUGCGACGGGAUGAAGGCGAGUCCAGCAAGUUCCUGUGCGACGCUCGACUGGGUCAUGCAGCCAUCGCCUUCCGGCUGUCCCGACUGCAGGCUCCGCUUUCGCCGCAGCUUACUCUGGAACUGGGUCAUCACAUGCUGAAGGCUCAUCUCUACGGCGGAAUCACUCAGGCACUCCUCUCGCCCAGGGAUCUGCAAUCCUAUUGGCUGGCAGGAGCAGCGGACAACAUCUCCUCCUCGCUGGGCGCCUUGCGAAACGUCUACAGUCCGAAUCUGAAGGUGUCACGACUGGUUCUACUGGCUGGAGCCUCUCCAAAUCAUCGCACGGAUUACAUGGGUGGAGCACCCAUCCUUUGCAUUGCGGCUCAUGAGGGAAUCCUGCCCAUGGUGAGCCUCCUUCUGGAGUUUGGCGCCGAUGUGGGCUUGACGAAUAGCCAGGGAUGCACUCCCCUGAUCCUGGCCGCCAUGCGUGGCCACUGCGAUGUGGUCCGUCCACUGGUGGCCGCCGGCAGCAGUCUCGGUCAGCUGGACAUCACUCAGCGCUGUGCAUUGGUCCAUGCUGCUCGCAUGGGUCAUCUGAGCGUGGUCAAGUAUCUACUGGCCUGCGACUGGACGCCGAGGCCGCAUUCCCAGGACGUGACCCGAUCGAUGGCGCUGCAGCAGGCUUUGAUUGGAGCUGCCGCGCAGGCGCACUGCAAAAUCCUCGAGGAUCUACUGGAUCUCAACGAGACCGAGUUCGAUCUGGAUGUCAAUGGAAUGGAGCCGAGCAGCGGGGAACUGGCUCUGACCGCCGCCGCUCGUCAUGGCUGCGUCGAUGUGGUGGGCAUCCUGCUUUCCCGCGGUGCUCAGAUCGAUGCCAGGAACCGGCAGGGAUACACUGCUCUCUGGCUGGCCGUCAAGGAGGGUCACUGGAGCGUGGUGGAGCAGCUGCUACAGCGUGGUGCACUGCUAGAUGAGCCGUUGGGACAGACGCGGAAGACGCCGCUGAUGAUUGCCGCGGAGGAGGGUCAUCUGGAGCUAAUGGAACUGCUCCUGGCCCGGGGCUCUGCCUUGGAAGCACAGGAUCAUGAAGGAUUCACGGCACUCAGCUGGGCCUGCCUUCGUGGGCAUUUGGCGGCGGCGAAGACUCUCAUCGAGCAUGGCUGCAAUCGCCACCACGAGGAUCACAAUGGACGCACAGCUCUGGACCUGGCCGCAUAUCAGGGAGCUGCCAGUCUGGUCCUGUAUCUCCUGGACCAGGGCGGCAAUCUGGAGCACAUCGAUGUGCAUGGAAUGCGGCCGCUGGACCGUGCUAUUGCCUGCCGGAACAUCCAGGCUGUCCAGGUUUUUCUGCGGAAGGGCGCCAAACUGGGUCCCACCACCUGGAGCAUGGCCAUGGGCAAGCCGGAGAUACUGGUGGUGCUGCUCAACAAGUUGCUGGAGGACGGUAACGUCCUGUACCGGAAGAACCGCUUUCAGGAGGCCGCGCAUCGGUACCAGUACGCCCUGCGGAAGAUCUCUGGACUGGAACAGCUGCUCGAGAGGAAUGCGAUCUUUGCCCAGCUCCGGACCAAUCUCCUGCUGAAUCUGUCGCGCUGCAAGCGAAAAUUGAAUGAACUUGACGCCUCCAUAGAUUUGGCCACGCAGGCAAUUGCUCAGAAGCCUCAUAGCUACGAGGGUUACUACGCCCGGGCGAAGGCGCGCAUGGAGCUGGGAGCUCUCAAUGAGGCGCUGGUGGACGCCAACGAGGCCAUGCAGCAGGCGGCCCAGAGCGGCGUCCUAUGCGAGGUGGUCGAGGUGCUGAAACGCAUCCAGACCGAGCUGCUCACCCGGAUAACCAUCAGCAGUGAGGAUCAGUCCGGCAGGAGCGGGGUAUCCUCCUCCUCCGCUGCAUACGAAUCUCACCACGAGAUCACCGAUUUGUAAAUGUCAGUUGUUGUUGUGAAAUGUUGUACUCAUCGUAUCCCAUUCGAAUUCUAUUCUAUGCUAUCCUUAGGGCUACCCUAGACCUUACUUCUUAUAUGCUAUUUAUUGCCUUCAAUGUUUUUUUUGUAAGUUAAAUAUGCUGAAGAUUAUUUUGUAGUAUUUU